AAACAAUAGUGUAACAACGGAACGGAGUCGCUGUCGAUGCUUUGUGCUUGAUUUCAGUGCGUUUUUAUGCCAUUAAACGCUCGAAACCAGCUUUCAUUAAUAAGUAACAGACUUAUAUGCAGUUUUAAAAGUUUUUAGGUCAGAUUUACGCGCAGGUUGAUGAUGAAACCGGUUGUAGAAUAGCUUUGAAUCCGCACAGCUGCUGUGUUUCUGGACUGAUCACUCAGAAAUAUGAUGGAGGAUUUCUCUGGCUUGGCUCUGCCUCCUCUGUUUGGAGGACACAUCCUGGAGGCGGAGCUGGAGCCUGGUGGUGUGGAGCUCGGACCAGGAGAGGUGGAACUGGGCCCUGGAGGCAGCGAGCUGCUGGAGAACACGACGCAGGAGGACGAAGAGAGACGAGCUCUGGAUAAAAGAAAAUAUCUGGCUCUGAACAGGAGGUGUAAAGAAAUAGAGCAGGUGAAUCAGAAGAUCCUGGGUCGCCUUCACCAAGUACAAAGAAUCACACGACGCUUGAAGAAAGAAAGACGGUUUCUGAUGAAGACUUUAGAUGCUCACGGGGAUGAUUAUAGAAACGCACAGCUCACGAUACUGCUGGAGGAUGAGUCUGGAGCUCAUGUGGAUCCUGCUGCAGCAGCUGAGGACGAGAGGAUCAACGGAGUGUCUGGAUCCACUUCGUCUGCAGCGGUGCAUCAUGCAGCUGGACCAAAGAAGAAGAGGCACCGGAUUCCUCGACAAGAAAAGGACAAAGACCAACAGACUGAAGCAGACAUGUCAGUGUUGGCAGACUCACAGUUUGGGGAGAUGCCCAGUCCGACCUCUCUGUCCCACUGAUGCUGACGACGACCGGUUUCCUAAACUCCUCAUUGGAUAACUCUGCCUUUCUUCAGUCGGGCUUUGCACUAUUUGUAGUUUCACUUGAAGGGUGUAGACAGAUUGAACUCGUGCGAGGUAAACUGAACUGUCAUUCUCCUGAUACGUACAGUAUGUUUACGUUUGAUUUGUAUAUAUUUUUUUGUGUUUUGAUAUCUUGUGCCGAUGAUUCUGACCAGUACACGGUGUCGUAGAUACGGAUCAACCUGGACAUGGAACAGAGAAAACAACUUGAUUUUAUCCCUUUAAGCAGAUACAGUCAGUGUUAAUAUUAAAAUAUUGCACACCUGAGCAGACUGUGCUGUGAUCUUUUUUUAUUUGUAUAUUAAUGUUUUUAAAUUCCAGCACAUCUGCGAUCACAAUGUGAACGUUUCUGUACAAUAGUUCAAACACACAGGAAGAUGUUUCCGUUUCAGGCGUAAAUAAAUUGAUCAAAAAAUCAA